AUGUGUCGUGCAUUCUUUCAUCAACCGGAUUUAUUCACAUGUAUCGGCUGUGGUGGGACCUGCAAUGGCGUCGAUGUCCUAAAUGGCUCGACAUGCUUUGUACAGGAUGAUAUGGCAUGUCCUCGAAGCUGGAAACAGCACAGACUCUGCUGUUAUUUCUUCAGUUCCGAUAAAAAAUCAUGGACAAAUGCUUUGGAGGCAUGUAGAGAAAAGGGUGGAGAUCUUGUCGAGGUUAACGACGUCAAAGAACACAACUUCUUGAUAUCAACGGCCCCGUAUCUGUUUUUGGAUGGAGUCGAAGGGUACUGGAUCGGUCUGACAGACAAGGAAAGAAAUGACACAUUUGUCUGGAUAUCAUCUGGACAGAUUCCUUCUUUUACCAUGUGGAGUCCUACCGAGCCAUCCCAUCGUUGGGAAGAUUUUGACGAAGAUUGUGCGUUUUAUAAUGCCACCGAUUAUAAAAGAGUAUGGAACGAUGUAAGCUGUGAAGAAGAACUGAACUACAUCUGCGAACGUAGACAAGGUGUGUGUUAA